GGGGGCGGUCUCGGGGAGGGGAAGGAACCCAUUAGAUCGGGGACCCUGCAACUGUACUGACAGUCACAAAUCCUGUCCGGAAAGCCGAGGUAGGGUUGGGCUUACUUACGCACCGCCCGCUGAGGCGGGACCGAAAGCGGCCGCGGAGACGGGGCCUCACUCGAGGACUCGGUUUCCCGGCGAACCUCGGGGCCAGGGGCAGAGUGAGCCUGUGUGUCCCCGCUCUGGAGUCUAAUGGGGCGGGACAGGAAGUCACGUGAACGCCCUCCUGUCCGUCAGUCACGGGGGCGAGGCCGCUCUGGUUGCAGCUGGGGCUAUGGCGGUGGAGACUCUGUCGCCCGACUGGGAGUUUGACCGCCUGGACGACGGCUCGCAGAAAAUUCAUGCUGAAGUACAGCUGAAGAAUUAUGGGAAAUUUCUUGAGGAGUACACAUCCCAGCUAAGAAGAAUAGAAGAUGCACUGGAUAGCUCUGUUGGUGAUGUCUGGGACUUCAGGCUUGACCCUAUAGCCCUAAAGUUGUUGCCUUAUGAACAGUCUUCCCUUUUGGAGCUCAUAAAGACGGAAAACAAGGUCUUAAACAAAGUCAUCACUGUAUAUGCUGCUCUUUGUUGUGAAAUCAAGAAAUUAAAAUAUGAGGCUGAAACAAAAUUUUACAAUGGACUUUUGUUUUAUGGAGAAGGAGCCACAGAUUCCAGCAUGGCGGAAGGUGAUUGCCAAAUUCAGAUGGGAAGAUUCAUUUCAUUCUUACAGGAACUGUCUUGUUUUGUGACAAGGUGCUAUGAAGUAGUCAUGAACGUGGUCCAUCAAUUGGCUGCACUUUAUAUCAGUAACAAGAUUGCACCCAAAAUCAUAGAAACAACUGGAGUUCAUUUUCAGACUAUGUAUGAGCACCUGGGAGAGCUGCUGACAGUUUUACUCACCCUGGAUGAAAUUAUUGAGAAUCAUUCCACCUUGAAAGACCAUUGGACAAUGUAUAAAAGGUUACUAAAAUCUGUCCACCACAAUCCUUCCAAGUUUGGGAUCCAGGAAGAAAAACUGAAGCCAUUUGAAAAGUUUCUGCAAAAGCUAGAAGGGCAAUUACUUGAUGGCAUGAUAUUCCAGGCCUGUAUAGAGCAGCAGUUUGAUUCCCUUAAUGGAGGAGUAUCUGUGUCAAAGAAUAGCACUUUUGCUGAAGAAUUUGCACAUAGUAUACGCACAAUUUUUGCAAACGUUGAAGCCAAACUUGGUGAACCAUCAGAAAUUGACCAGAGAGACAAAUAUGUGGGAGUUUGUGGACUUUCUGUGCUGCACUUCCAGAUUUUUCGGACUGUAGAUAAAAAAUUUUAUAAAUCUCUACUAGACAUUUGUAAGAAGGUUCCAGCCAUCACUUUAACUGCUAAUAUAAUUUGGUUUGCUGAUAACUUUUUGAUCCAGAAAAUGCCAGCUGCUGCCAAACUCUUGGACAAAAAAAGCCUUCAUGCUAUUAAGACACACAGGGACACUUUUCUACAACAAAAGGCCCAGUCACUCACCAAAGAUGUACAGUCUUACUACGUCUUUGUUAGCUCGUGGAUGAUGAAAAUGGAAGCCAUUUCAUCUAAAGAACAACGAAUGGAUAAGUUUGCUGAGGACCUCACCAACAGAUGCAGUGUUUUUAUACAGGGUUUCUUAUAUGCAUACAGCAUUAGCACCAUUAUUAAGACUACAAUGAAUCUGUACAUGUCAAUGCAGAAGCCUAUGACCAAAACUUCAGUCAAAGCAUUAUGCAGACUUAUUGAACUGCUCAAGGCAAUAGAACAUACCUUUUACAGGAGAAGUAUGGUGGUGGCUGAUUCUGUUUCACAUAUAACCCAGCACCUUCAGCAUCAAGCUCUUAAUUCUAUUUCUGUGGCCAAGAAAAGAGUCAUUUCAGACAAGAAGUAUAGUGAGCAGCGCCUUGAUGUCCUCUCUGCCCUUGUGUUGGCUGAAAACACUCUCAAUGGGCCGAGCACCCGUCAGAGGCGCCUCAUCCUUUCCUUGGCCCUGAGUGUGGGCACCCAGAUGAAAACAUUUAAGGAUGAAGAACUUCUCCCUCUCCAAGUAGUGAUGAAAAAACUGGAUCUAAUUAGUGAACUUAGAGAAAGAGUUCGAACACAGUGUGAUUGCUGUUUCCUAUACUGGCAUCGAGCUGUCUUUCCAAUUUAUUUAGAUGAUGUGUAUGAAAAUGCUGUUGAUGCAGCUAGAUUACAUUAUAUGUUCAGUGCUUUACGGGACUGUGUGCCUGCCAUGGUAUGUGCAAGACAUUUGGAGUCUUAUGAAAUCCUUCUGAAUUGCUAUGACAAGGAGAUUAUGGACAUUUUAAAUGAGCACCUGCUGGAGAAGUUAUGCCGAGAGAUAGAGAAGGACCUGCGUCUGUCUGUGCAUACCCACCUCAAGUUGGAUGACCGGAAUCCAUUCAGAGUCGGCAUGAAAGAUCUGGCCCUUUUCUUCUCUCUGAACCCCAUUCGUUUCUUCAAUCGCUUUAUCGACAUCAGAGCUUUUGUAACACAUUAUUUGGACAAGACUUUCUACAACCUGACGACGGUCGCUCUUCAUGACUGGGCCACUUAUAGCGAAAUGAGAAAUUUAGCAACUCAGCGUUAUGGCUUGGUUAUGACAGAGGCCCAUCUUCCCAGCCAGACUUUGGAGCAGGGUCUGGAUGUUUUGGAAAUCAUGAGAAACAUUCAUGUAUUUGUGUCCCGAUAUCUUUACAACCUCAAUAAUCAGAUAUUCAUUGAACGGACUAGCAACAACAAGCAUUUGAAUACUAUUAAUAUCCGACACAUUGCAAAUUCAAUCCGUACCCAUGGCACAGGAAUCAUGAACACAACAGUUAAUUUCACCUAUCAAUUUUUGAGAAAAAAGUUCUAUAUAUUUAGCCAGUUUAUGUAUGAUGAACACAUCAAAUCCAGAUUGAUCAAAGAUAUCCGAUUUUUCAGGGAAGUUAAGGACCAAAAUGACCACAAGUAUCCUUUUGAAAGAGCAGAAAAAUUCAAUAGAGGAAUCAGAAAACUUGGAAUAACACCAGAUGGACAGAGUUACCUGGAUCAAUUUCGACAGCUGAUCAGCCAAAUAGGUAAUGCCAUGGGCUAUGUGCGAAUGAUCAGGUCGGGUGGUCUCCAUUGUAGCAGCAAUGCCAUCAGGUUUGUUCCUGAUCUCGAAGAUAUUGUAAAUUUUGAAGAGCUGGUUAAAGAAGAAGGGCUUUCAGAAGAAACACUCAAAGCAGCAAGGCAGCUGGACUCAGUCCUCAGUGAUCACACACGGAAUUCUGCAGAAGGCACAGAGUAUUUCAAAAUGCUUGUGGAUGUUUUUGCUCCUGAAUUUCGGAGUCCCAAGAAUAUGCACCUCCGAAAUUUCCACAUCAUCGUCCCUCCCUUGACUCUCAAUUUUGUAGAACAUUCAAUUAGCUGCAAGGAGAAAUUGAAUAAAAAGAAUAAAAUGGGAGCAGCUUUUACUGAUGAUGGCUUUGCCAUGGGUGUGGCAUAUAUUCUCAAGCUUCUGGAUCAGUAUCAGGAGUUUGAUUCACUUCACUGGUUCCAGUCUGCCCGAGAGAAGUACCUCAAGGAGAUGAGGGCUGUGGCCAAGCAGCAGACUGUGCAGUCAGCCAGUCAGGAUGAGAAGCUGCUGCAGACAAUGAAUCUGACCCAGAAGCGCCUCGAUGUCUAUUUACAGGAAUUUGAAUUACUCUAUUUCUCACUGAGUAGUGCAAGAAUUUUCUUUAGAGCAGACAAGACUGCAGCUGAAGAAAACCAAGAAAAGAAAGAGAAAGAAGAAGAAAAUAAAACAAGCAAUGGAGACCAUGUGACCAGCAGUGGCUCUGCCCUCACUGAUCCUGUUGUGAAGUGAUUCUGAGGGUGGGCUUGGGGAGUGUGAGGUGACCAGCAUUGUUUACCUGAGGGUGUAGCUUGGACCUUGGAAACCUCGAGAUGAAUGGAUUGUUGAUUGGGCCGGCUCAUCUCCAGACAUGUAUGUUGCAGACCUUCUUUGGGGGACAGGUUUUAAAGCUAUGCCCAUUUUAAAGACUUUCCUUUUAGAAGGUGUUGAAAGAAUUUUCAAAAAUUGGUUCUGGCCUUCAAAAGUCUACAAAAUAAUCUGCUUCUUUUUUGGAUGGUUCUCACUUAAAGUUAAUAGGAAUGCAAACUCGCAUUCCUGUCCUGCCAUCUGCAGAUCUCCUGGGGCCCACGUGUUUGUUGGGAGUUUGCAUUUUUAUUGGCUGUUGAUUUAUGAUUUGUAUUAGAUCAGUUAAAGUUUCAACUAUUAUGACAACACAUUUAAAAUAGAUACUGUGCAUAUCUAGGAAAUAGUGCUUAAAUAUAGAAAUUAAUGGUCAUCCUAAAGGCAUAUAUGACACUCUAAAGUGAUUUAGAACAAAGCCGUUAUUAUGGCCUGGACUGUUUGAGAAGCUUGAGGCCUUGGGUUCCCAUUGAACGUAGUUUGAGAUUGUCCAUUAUUAACACGUAUGUGGACCUACCAGAGCUCUGGAAGUCGGCUGUGAGUUUUUUUACCCUCCGUUUACGUACUCUGAAAACACUUAAACCACAAUUACAUUAAACGAUAACCUUGCAAGUUUGUUUCUUGGUAUGCUCAUAAUUAAGGAAAAUUAAAGUUAGGGCCAAUUUUUUUCUUCAGAAACAGGUUGAAGUUAUGUAGGCCAGCUAUCAGAAUAUUAGAUGAAGGCUUAUUCCAACAUUCACACUCAGGUUUCUUUUUUAGAUCAAGCCUGAAUUCAAGGGGGAUUGGACACACUUUUUGUUUUAUACAGGUUAUAAUUGAGGUGGAUUCUUAUGAAAUAAUAUUUGCACUGUGCAGGCAUAAAAAAAUAACCACUGUGAGAAUAAGAUAAUGGAAUAACUGAAAUCCCUUACUGCGAGAGGGUUUCAGUAUCAUUUGCUGUUGGCUAGCUACUAGUUUUAUUUUUGUCAGGUUGUGCCAACUAACAACUAAAAGGCCAAUCUUAACACAUUAAAAUGCUACUCUUAGAGUAAAAAGGGAAUUAACGUUAUUAAUAUAGUUCAGAUUUAAAGCUGGGAAUGACUGGUUUUCUUUUGCAUUUGCCUGUCAAUGACUCCAAGGUUGGUCUUUGACUUCCACCCCUUGGAGGCCAUGCAUGGUGUCCUUCCAUCCUCCGUGUACUGCUCAUUGAUGAGAGUCAGUUUUACCUCUUCUAAAAUAAACAUGUUUCAUGUCAAAGUCAAAGGAAACAUAAUAUGUGGAAUUGUUUUUGCUUAUUCUGUAAACAUGACCUGUGACAUCAAGGAUUGGUAAUGUGCUAAAAGUGUUCAGUCCUUGACUUACGCUUCACCCUACCUGCAGAAAUGGCCCUAAAGCAUGCUGCGCAAUUCACCAUUUUAAUUUUGGAAUGUUCUUAAAUGAUCUUGCAUUUCAUUGUACCAAAUGAGUCACUGCCUCUCAAUAAUCGCCUCACUAUUGCUGUUCUUCCUAACUUAGACCCAUAAUGAUGUCUGAUAUCAGCUAGUUAUCAUUAGAGGGAGAAUUGGCUCUUGCCUUUCAGAGGAGGCUUCAUGACAUUGUCAGUCAGAGGCUUUCCCAAUUCUAGAUCAAGCUUGUGCUUUUACCUCGAUUUCUACUUGGACAACUCCCAUUGGGAAGAGUUUGUUUUGACUGUUUAGAGUGCUGUGUCCACCAGUACAGGGCUAGCAAAUCCAUGUGUGAAGGUGACAGAGCACCUGGCAAUGCUCUUUGUUUAGCUGCAGAGAUGUAGGGAAGUUUGGUCUUUGGGACAGUAAUAGCUUUCCUUAUUAAUGUGCAUAGCUUUGUAUUUUUCUAAUAUAUUAUAAUGUAGGAAUGAAUGUGAGCACUUAUUGUAAGCUCUUUAAUAACAAAGAUAAUCAAAUUCUCAGGAAUUAAGGACCAACCAUAACAUUGUCUCUUCUGUUUGUUUUUUUUUUAAAAAGUGAGGAUUUUGUUAACCUCAUUUCUGUUGUCAGCCUCCCUCCCCUCAACCCUCUUAUUCAUGGAGUAGUAUACACUUUGUACAUUAAAUUAAACCAUGUCAGUAAAUUUAAUUUAAUUAUUUUUAUUCCCAUGAAUUUUUAUGUUCAAGAUUAAAUGUUCUAUAAGAAAGUUUCUGAUUUUUUUUUAAACCCAUACCUCCCUUCUUAGAAUCAAUAUUGUGGAUUGGUUUGAAGGCAGAAGAGCAGUAAGGGUUGGGCAAUGGGGGUUAAGUGACUUACCCAGGGUCACACCAGUCUGAUUUAUUUUUUACAAAGUUCUGAUAACUUCCUUGUUACCAUUUUUAAAGUCCAUCUUUUCCACUACUUGCUAUCUUCAAGUGAAGAAGAACCAUUGGAGUUUUGGAUUGCUUAGCUCUGGGAGGGGAUAAUGAGUGAUUUGACAGUGUUUGAGGUAUUGAUGGGGAUUGUGAUGCUACCUAAUAGCAGGAGCUGAAUCUAAGUAGCAUUUGGUACAACUCGGAGACUAUUCAGCAUGAUGGAGAAAUUGUUGCCUCAUAAGAGGCCAGUAUAGAGAGCAACGUGAUAAAGGAGCUUAGUUACCUUUUCCUUUUUCCAAAGUAGUACAUCAGUAAAACUGGUGGAAGGACAAUGUGAUAAAAGCUUUGGCUCAUGGGCUUACAUACUGACCACGUUACUUUAUCAUCAGUAUUUCCUCUCUUCUGAUAGCUCUCGCUGCAUUUGUAGAUGGUGGAAAGGUUGGACAUGCCUACUUCUGUCAAUUUCAUAUUGCUCCCCACCUUCCCCCAUCUGCUCACCCUGAAAAGCCCCCCAAAAGUUUUCUCCAGUGGAAAUAGAGCUAUGAAAACGAAUUUCAAGACAAGAUUCCUUGUCAUGUGGGAGAUUCAGUUCUACAAUUUUAUACAAAGAAAUUAUGACUCUGGGGAAUGUGCCAUUAGAAAGCUGGAUGUCUCCAGAGAUCUCAGGUAGAGGGUACGGACUCCAGGAAGAUGACUGGAAAAGUCAGCAGAGGUUAAGAGGGACAACAACCAUGUCCAGUUAGGAUUCAGAUUAUAUAAAACAAAUCCUUGUUUUACAGACUAUAAAAAUAAAAUCACAUUGAGCCAACAA